UCGGGAAAAGUGCGAGGGUGAGAGAGAGUCGGAGCCACAGCCGCCGGGAGCCGCGGAGCGAGCAGGGGCCGUCCCCUGCGCACCCCGGACCGCGGCCGGCACCGCCGCUGCCCCCCGCCCGGCUCCGCCCCGGCCCGGUCUCCGCGGCGCCCACCUGGCCCCAGACCGGCUGCCCGGGCCGGCCCGACGGUCCUCUCCUGACCCCUGGCCGCUCCCCGCCCGCCCCGUCCAUCCCCUCCGCCCCGUCCGUCCCGGCCGCCCAAGAAGCCUCGGGCCAGUCCGGAGCAGCGCGGCCCUACAGGGCUCUUUACCGCCCUCUGGCACCCCUUCCUGGCCCGGCCCUCACUCUAAGAUGGCCAACUUCACCCCUGUCAACGGCAGCUACGGCAACCAGUCGGACCAGUCGGUGCAGGCCAUGCCGGCAGCCCCCAACCGCUACGAGACGGUGGAGAUGGUGUUCAUCGCCACAGUGACUGGCUCGCUGAGCCUGGUUACGGUCGUGGGCAACAUUCUGGUCAUGCUCUCCAUCAAGGUCAACCGGCAGCUGCAGACGGUCAACAACUACUUCCUGUUCAGCCUGGCCUGCGCCGACCUCAUCAUUGGGGCCUUCUCCAUGAACCUCUACACCGUGUACAUCAUCAAGGGCUACUGGCCCCUGGGGGGGUUCCCGUGGCUGGCCUGACCACGGAACAGACCGGUGAUGAACCCUCAUCAUCAGCUCCGCCACUUUGUACCAAGCCCCUGACCUCCCAAGGCUUUCACCAAGAUGGCGGGCCCUCUGUCGGCCCCGGGUCUUCCUUGCUCUGGGCCCGGCCUCCUCUUCGCAGGUGGGGUGGGGGUGCCGGACAAUCAGUGCUUCAUCCAGUUCCGCCAACCCCGGGUCACCUUGCACCCAUGCGGGUUCCCGCCCGUGGGUCAUUGACGGCACAUCCACUCCCUGGCCAGUCGCCCCCACACCCGCCCGAGGCCCAAGGAGAAAAAGGCCAAGGGCCUCUCCUUCCUCCGCAGCCCCCUCAUGAAGCAGCAGAGCGGCAAGAACCCGAACCGGAAGCCGGCGGAGGCCGCCAAGGAAGAGAUCCGCAACGGGAGGCUGGAGGAAGCCCCUCCCCCGGUCCUGCUCCCACCCCGGCCCCCCGAGGACAAGGACACGUCCAACGACUCCAGCUCGGCCAGCGUCACCCAGAACACCAGGGAGAGGCCCCCCACCGAGGGCUCGACGGCCGAGACCGGCUGCAGCCCGUCCACCCCGCUGCCCCCACGCCCCCGGGCGCUCAACCCGGCCUCCAAGUGGUCCAAGAUACAGAUCGUCACGAAGCAGACGGGCAACGAGUGUGUGACGGCCAUCGAGAUCGUCCCCGCCACGCCGGCCGGCCUGCGCCCGGCCGCCAACGUGGCCCGCAAGUUCGCCAGCAUCGCCCGCAACCAGGUGAGGAAGAAGCGGCAGAUGGCGGCGCGGGAGAGGAAGGUGACGCGGACCAUCUUCGCCAUCUUGCUGGCCUUCAUCGUCACCUGGACGCCCUACAACGUCAUGGUGCUGGUCAACACCUUCUGCCAGAGCUGCGUCCCCGACACCGUCUGGUCCAUCGGCUACUGGCUCUGCUACGUCAACAGCACCAUCAACCCCGCCUGCUACGCCCUCUGCAACGCCACCUUCAAGAAGACCUUCAAGCACUUGCUCCUGUGCCAGUACAGAAACAUUGGUACUGCCAGGUAAGUGGGCACCGGCCCUGCGGACGGGGACGCCCACCGCCCGGCCCACCCGAGAGGGAGAGUGGACUCGGACGGGCGGGGCCCAGAGCAGCCCCGGGCUGAGCCCAGUCGCCAGAGCGGAAACCCAAGGCCCGGUCCUCACGGUAUCCCCAUUCCUCAGCCCCCACGGGGGUAGGGCCCACCCGCCCGAGCUGCUGCUGGAACCAAGGCGGACUGGGCUCCAGAGCGGUUGUGUGGAUUCUUCUCAGGACUCCGAGAAAGGCCCGGACCCGACAGACCUCUGGGCAGAAGGGGCUGGGUGCCCUUGAGAGGGCAGGGGAGGGGGUUUGGGGGUGCCUGAAGGGAAGGAAGGAAGGGAACCAGUCCCUGACAGUUCAGGGAGGACAGAACACCUGAGGACUAGGGGAGGCAGUGCUGGCCAAGGUGCUGCGGCCGCAGGGGAAGCUCUGGCCCAAACGGAGCCCUCAGGAAGUCUGGUGGGCCCGAGGAGGGAGGGGGAGAUCGGGCUGCGGCUGCAGGGGGAACAGCCCUGACCCCCGGUGUCCAUGGGACUGCCUGCCCUUUACCCACCUGCAUGCAGGGCUCCGCCCGACCCUCCAGCCUCCUCCGCAAACUCCCGCUCCCCCCCUGCAGCCUGGUCACUGGGUCCCCCCCCCCCCCGCCCCAGGUCACGUGACCUUGGCGGGUCAUGCCAUGGACUUCAGAUAGGGCGGCUGAGCCCGAGCUUGCCUUGUCCCCCCAUCUCCUCCCUGGCUGCAGCAGCUCCCUCCUCCCCCCAUGGCUUCUGGUCUAUUGAGCCAAAGGGAGGCUCUGCUACUUGUGGCCCUCCCUGCUUAGGACAGGAGGCCGAAUCCAGAGGCUAAUGAGGCUCCGAGGGAAGUGAGGGAAGGGCCGACCAGGGGACAAGGAAGGGGCCCCCGGACCCCACAAUCACGGCCUCCCCCUGAAAAACACUCCUGUGGCGGUGGGACGGGGAAGGUGAGGGAGGGAGACACAGAGACAGGGAGACAGAGAAGGAGGGAGGGAGACAGAGACAGAGA